AUGGCGGGCUCAGAGGAUCUCAUCAACUUUGACGUGAUCGAGGGCCAGAAGGAAAACAUACAGUCUCUUCCUGGCGGCCGAUCAGCGAAGAAGCUCGCUGAGUUGUACUCACCGUCGCCCCUGCACAAGCUCUCGACACCGACACCAACAGACACCAAGAAUGUUAACGAAUGCGUCCGAGCAGAGUUUGAGGCAGAAGUCGCCAACCUCUCCGAGUCAGAUGACCCUCUGGACGUAUUUGACAGAUACGUGCGAUGGACAUUCGACGCAUACCCAUCAGCCCAGGCUACCCCUCAGUCGCAACUGCACACCCUACUUGAGCGUGCAACCAAGGCGUUCAUCGGCUCGGCGCAAUACAAGAAUGACCCACGAUACCUGAAGUUGUGGCUGCACUACAUCCGAUUCUUCUCCGACGCGCCGCGAGAGACCUUCGUCUUCCUGUCGCGCCACAACAUUGGCGAGAGUCUGGCGUUAUUCUACGAAGAGUACGCUGCUUGGCUGGAGGGCGCUGGGCGGUGGACGCAAGCCGAGGAGGUAUACAAGUUGGGGAUCGAGCGUGAAGCUAGACCAGCACAGAGACUAGCCCGCAAGUUCGGCGAGUUCGAGCAGAGAUUGGCUCAGGAACCGACUGCUGCAGAUGCACCUUCAUCACCUGCCCUGCCGACGGUCCGACCCGCGCUUGCUGCCAAGGUUGACCCCUUUGGCGCAGCUGCCCGGGCAGCCGCCGACCCUCAAGCACCACGACCCAACAUGGGCGUGGGUGCACCAGCCGCCAAGCCUAGCAAGUCGAAGCUGGCAAUAUUCUCGGACGCUGACGCGGCUCCACCAGUGAUGUCUGUCAUGGGACAAGGUUCCAAGGGUUGGGACACGAUCGGUUCGCUGGCAGACCGCAAGAAGGAGAACGCGAUGGAACCCAAACCAUGGGCUGGGGAGACAUUGAAGGCGGGAGGCAAGAAGAACAGCGGCCCAAAGCUGGCUAUCUUCAGGGAUCCGUCCUUAGCCAGAAUAGCAGAGUCUCAUAUCGUCAUUGCACCGUCAACACACCAGGUGAUUGUGAACCCCGCCAGUGGGAAGAGGGAGCGCGUAUUUGUCAACCUUGAAGCGGUAUAUCCAACUCCUGAAGAGCCGGGUACGGAACUCAGUUUCGAAGAGUUGUGGGCAGCUAGUCGAGGAUGGCUUGAUACUUGUUGGGACAAUAAUAGUGUAGCUGAUGAUGAUGAUGGUGAAGAAGAAGAAGAAGAAGAAGAAGCCACUAAAAUAAAUGUGCUCAGCCAAAAAAUUGCCACGAAGCUCGUGGUCCACCAGGACGUGGUAAUGCUGGAUGAGAACGGUGCUGUCAAGGACCAGCCGAAAUCGGGCAAGCCCAAAAAGACAAAGAUGGUAGAGGUCAACGAAACGCAAAUCAUCAAGGCAAAACUAGAUUCUCCAUCCGGCCCCAAGAUGCGCAAAAAGCAUUCAUCCGAGCCGACGAUGACAAUGCACACCAAAGCAGCUACAGACGAAAUCUACGACAUCUUCAACGCUCCCCUGAAGUCUGCCGAGGAAGAAGACGAGGUGAGCGAAGAAGACGAGUAUAUGACGGACGGUGACUACACUAGCGGUGGGGAAAGCACUUGCACAACUCGACAAAUCUCGAUCAGUGAGGCUGGCGACGACGAGACUUCCGAUGUCAAGAGCGUAAGCGAGUGGUCGGAAUUCACGGCUCGAAAGCACAUUCCUAGCUUGCACGGCUCGGAAGACGAGGCAGAGGAGCAAGACGACACGCAGGUUUCAGAUCUUAUCGACACCAACGACGCCGAGCCAUCAGAAAUACUGGCCGAUGUAAGGGACGUCCACAGGGAUAACGGUCAGCUCACGCCCACGGCUGAAGAUUUCAUGGCGGAAACGCGAACGACUUUCAUUCCCAUUCCGCCCGAGGAUUAUGUGCCAUCUACGCGGCCGUAUAGGGACCCGGUCGAGGUGGCUAACAACCGCCUGCCGUUCAUGACACCUAUCACGGAGCGGACCGAAUCUUCACUCGGUGUGAUCACAGGAGCCAAGCCUCACUACUUUGACACCAAGACCCCGAGCAGAAAGGAGUCACUCGGUAUUCCCGUGGAGGAUGAUGAAGAGGACGAUGAAGACUUUGAGCCUCUAAGCAGUCCACUUCGGGAUGUACUCAACGAAGUGCGCUCACCUAUCCGAAUCGCCCAACCACUGCUCGCCAAACCUGCUGCACCUACCAAACAAAUUCGCAAGGGACCUAUCAUCAAAGAUGCGCAGUGCAACCCUGUGGAUACUGCCAUUCGCGAUGAGAUCCUGGCCAACAUGCACCCUCCCCUAUGCUCUUACCCGGGCUUCUACGAUCACCGCAACACCCGCUACGAUCGCGGCCCUGAGAUCCGCAGGUUUGCCAAAGCGGUUUCCAAAAACAGCAAAAACGGUGGCAACGAUAGAACUAGCAUCAGCAAUCCCGCCGCACUCGAGUUUCCAGAAAUCGGCUGGACUUACACACUGAAGCGUGAGCUUGGUGCUGGCGCAUUUGCUCCAGUCUAUCUAAUUGAGAAUUCUGCUCCCGAUGGCGUCCAAGAAAUCUACGAGGACGAACCGCUCAUAGAAAUGGGCAAAGGCGCCUUUGCCACCACCCAGCGCUUUGCUCUAGAGGCCUUGAAGAUGGAGGAACCCUCCUCGGCAUGGGAGUUCCACAUGAUGCGUCUUGCAGCAACACGACUUGGCCCACAAGACCGUGCCAUAGCCAGCAUUUCGGCCGCCCACGAGCUGCACCUGUAUCAGGAUGAUGGCUUCCUCAUCCUCCCCUUCCACUCGCACGGCACCCUCCUGGACGUGGUGAACUUCUUCCGCAGUGAGUCGUCGGGCGUCAUGGAUGAAACCCUAGCCAUGUUCUUCACCAUUGAGCUACUGCGCACCGUCGAGGCGCUGCACAGCAAGCAGAUGCUACAUGGCGACCUGAAGGUCGACAACUGCCUCCUGCGUCUGGACGGACUCACCGGCGACGCCCCGCUCAGCAGCCAAUGGCUUGCCGACGGCAGCGGCGGUUGGGACAAACGGGGCAUUGUCCUCAUCGACUUCGGCCGCGGCAUCGACAUGCGCGCCUUCGAUCCCAAUGUGCAGUUCAUUGCGGACUGGAAGACGACGGCCGUCGACUGCGCCGAGAUGCGCGAGGGUCGACCCUGGACUUGGCAGAUCGACUACCAUGGUCUCGCCGGCAUCAUCCACUGCUUACUCUUCGGCCGCUACAUCGACACGACGCGCUGCGACCAGGGCGGGCUGGGGACUAGCCGCAGAUACAAGAUCAAGGAGUCGCUGAAGCGAUACUGGCAGACGGAUAUAUGGGGGGGCUGCUUUGAUCUUCUGCUCAACCCCGGCAGUUACGUUGAGGGCGAGGACGGUGGACGCAUGCCCGUUAUGAAGGGUCUACGACAAGUGAGGGAGGGCAUGGAGACCUGGCUAGAGAACAACUGCGAGCGCGGUGUGGGGCUGCGAGGCUUGAUGACUCGCGUGGAGGGUUUCGUCAAGGGACGAAAGUAG